CAGGUGGUACAUUAAAAAUUUUAUUUUUCCUGGUCAUAUUUUCUCUCUUGAAUUUUCUUGCGUUUAUCUAUUAAAAGCUUGUAAUAUGUCAAGGUUCUUUUCAGAAAUCGCGAGUUCUAAACGUUCUAAAACAAUUGCGACAAUAUGAUGAUUUUUAGCAUAAUUCGAGGCAAUAAGUGUCAUUGCCAAACGCAUGACGAUAUAUAUAAAAGCGAAUUCUAUAAAACUAUAGAAAUACAGAGAGGAUUAACUUUAUGGAAAUAUAAAAUAGCAUAAUUCAUUUUUGUAUGGGUAAAACAAUGUAGCCAAAAUUAUUUACAUUAUUUUGCUCUCCAAACAUGCGUCUACAUGUGUCGCUCGCACUUGAGUACAUAUUGAGUAUGUGUACUGAAAAAGUACACAAGUAAUAAUUUAAUGACCAUCUAUUACAGAUCUUUUUGUGUGUAUAUACGUAACUAUUUAAUAUCCGGAAUCAUCUCGAAAUAUCAGUAUUAUAUUAUCAAGAUCAAAUCACGAAAUGAAUAAACAUUUUGUCCGUAUCCGUGAUGUGAAUUGGUCAAUUAAACGAAUUCGUGAUCGCGAUGAGUAUACACAUAUAAUUAAUUAUAUAAUAAUAAAUAUGAUGUGAUAUUAUACGCAUGCGCAUAUUUGAUUAUCGGGAACCUUUUACGAAGUAUGCUACAUUAUCGAUUGCUGCUAACAUUAUUGACUGUUACUGACAUUAUCGACUGUUACUGACAUUAUCGACUGUUAAUAUGAUGCAAGUUUAAACUUCGUCAACGAGAAGUUCCUGAAACGAAUUUAAAAACCGUGACGUGUGUUCUCAUUUCCAUGAAUUAUUAAUUAAUUACAGAUUAAUAGCCUUAAUUCACUUAUUACAUAAUUUAUGGGUACAUGUGUAUAUAAUAUGCAAUGAAUUAUAUUAAUAGUUAUUUAAUUAAUUCCACUAGCAAAAAAUUGAGUGAGAGUUAUAAAAUUAUUAAUGUAUACAUUACUCGCGUACACACUUAAUAAGCUAUUGUUACACUUCAAAAUUUUAAUGAAUAUAUAUUUAUAUAGCAAUGGCUCAUAUAUUCAUAUUUAGUUGUUUUUUAAUACAUUAAGGGUAAAAGUUGACAAAAACUUACACAGCUCGGAUCAUUUUGCUUUUGAUAUAUAAGGAAAUUUUUAGAUCAAACCCUGACAGGUUUUCGAGCUGACAUCACACCGUCGAUAUCUUAUCGGAGUAAUGCGUUGACAACGCAAGAUUUAGUACGACUAUAAAAAGGUCUUACCACCUCUUUAACAUCUUUAACAUUCUCCAUCAUCUCUAACAUCUUUACAAAUAUCGUCGUGAAAAUAUGACACUCUAAAUUUAGAAAAAAUUCUAAUUUCGCGUAAAAUUACGCGAAAUUGCAUCUUAUAUACGCGCCAUAUAUUAUACCAUCUGAAUUAAUAUUAACAAAAGUGUCAUGUAGGAUAACGUCGCCUUUUUUACAAUAGUUUCCAUCGGUCUUCGGCCUUUUCACGGGAGUCAGUAUUCUCAUUGUCAGUCUCUUUGAGAUACUGUAUUAACUAUUUGUUCAUCGUGAUAAAAAAAAUCUUAUAAAUAUUGACGAUCAAUCUCUCCGUCUCCUUUAUUACGAUUAAAAUAUACAAUAAAGCAGAUAACUUUGCAUGAAUCUUUCAAAGACUUGUAGCUUCACUUGACGACACUACAUUACUGCAUCGUAUAUAUGUAUGUGUACAAAAACUUUUAUCAGAUAAUACUUUGAUGGAAAUAUGUCGUGUUGCAUGCAUGCGACGAGUUAAGUCAGUUAAUAAAUUGAUAAUUUGAUGGAUUGUCGACAAAUAUGACGGAUAUAAAGACGAAGGCUCCGUCUUAGUCCCAGUUACUUCUAUUCGACAGCAUACGGUGAUAAUUUACGGGAGAAGGAUGUCUAAUAUCACCGUACAGAUAAAACCGUGUCUUGAAACAAAGACUAUUACUGAUGCUGUUAUCAAGAGUAAUAAUAGCAUUUACAAAUUAUUCUCAUUUGAAGAAGUGAAAGAAGUAAUGAAACGCGUAUUGAAUGACGACGUCGCUGUGAUGGAAUAUGCUAUUCGACCGUAUUCCGACGGCAAGCUCGGAUUUCUCGGCUCUCAUUAUCGUCUCGAGGUAAUAGCUUCGACGAAGAAAGAGGAAACCGUCGCUCUCUCGUUCUUUCUCAAGACUAUACCUUACGAAGUGCCCGAGCAAGCCGAUUACGUGAUAAAGAAGGGCGUCUUCGAGAAUGAGACCAAUUUUUAUGGUAUCAUAAUGCCGUUGCUCCGCGAAGGAUACCGCGGAAAGCCAUGGGCGCCAAUGUGCUACAAGGUGACAAACAACUUGAUGGUAUUCGAAGAGUUGGGCCGUAAGAGUUACUCGACGCGAAAUAAGCUUUUCGACGAGACGCUCGUGCGCGCGGGUUUAAGCGCUAUCGCGCGGCUUCACGCCGCCUCUUUGUUGGCGGAGGCGCGUCUCGACGUACCCCUCAAUCGAUUGCAUCCCGACGCUUUCGCGGAGAAAGGUUUUGCUCGUGACGAGAUGACGCGAAUGUGGUUGGAACCGGGCUUCGAUGUGGCCGCGGCCGUAGCCGAACGUCAAGGACGCGAUCCCCAUCUGGUACGCGCGGUUUGCGAACGGAUAUAUGACAUUACGGAGCCGUCGUGCACGAAGACGAACGUGGUCAGUCACGGAGAUCUCUGGGCCAACAAUCUUAUGUUCAAUAACGACGUGCCACCCAAUUGUUUGCUAGUAGAUUAUCAACUGUCGAGAUAUUCUCCCUUGGCGCAUGACAUUGCGCAGUUUUUGUAUCUGUGCACGGACCGAAGUUUCCGAGAAGCGCGGGAGUACGCGAUGCUGCAGCAUUAUUACGAGACGUUAUGCGAGAUCCUAAACGCUCACGAAACGCCCCAAAAACCCGCCUGGUCAGAAGUGGUCGAGGGUAUGGAGGAACAACGUUUGGGCGCCCUUAUUACCGCGGUACUCUACUUCCCUACGGUUUUAAUGGAUGAGAAUCUCGGCGCGCAAGUCAUGAACGAUUCGGCGUCUUACGCCGAAUACUAUUUUCGAGAUAGAAAGAAGUUUGUCUUGUCGAACAUGAAGAAAGACUCGGUCUACGAGAGAAGGAUCAACGAAGCCGUCGUCGAAGUAGCUGAGCUCGCCUCGCGACUAGAUCAAUUACCGAAACCGUCUUAAAAUCAAACAUGUAACAUAUAUACAAUUGAUUGUUACGCACAUUCUAAAUCCUUUCAUUUCGUAGAAACGCUUUGUAGUAUUUCAAUUAGCAAGUUAACAGGAAAAAAACUCAUUUGUCUCGAGAAUUGAUCAGUUUAUGGAUCUCAUCGUAACAUGGCGAUCUUUCUAUGGAUCAAUGGACGAUGUUGUCUUGAUCGGGAAGUACAGUGGAUAGGAAGGACCAGUCGUGAUUGAUAAGCUGUACGCUCAAUUCGUCCGUGUCCUCAUCUUCGUUGGUUGGUGUGACCGCGGGUUUUGUCAACCGCGAUAUCUCGUUAUCACUUAAAUCCGACAAAUCAUCUCGAGCUGAAUCGUCGUCACUGUCUCUGAAAAAUUAGGAGAAGGUUGACAUAUGACGCUGCAUGCAAGCGUUUAAGUACGAUAACUUUAACGUAAGUAAUUUGCAGUCGAGUUAAUCCUAUAUAUACCUAAAACAUUCGGCGUUUCUUAAACGGUUUCUCGACGAUUGUUGCCCCGUCAACGACAAGACGAAUGACGAGCAUAGCAAUUUCAUCGGCGGCAAAGUGUGAGCCGAUACACUGAGCAACUGAAAAAAGAAAAAAGAUAAUAAUGAUAAUAAACUUGCAUAAGCAAAA